UUUAUACACUAUCGUUGGAGUCCAUAAAAUCGCGGAGACCAUUAAUUCGCGGCCAUUUUGUUUUUCUCCCCGGUCAUGUGAUUUUUAAGCUUCACGCGCCGGAAAUCACGUCAGCGUUUACUACAGUGUUUACUCUAGCGUAUCCAGCUGUCAGACAGUAAAAAAUGCGUUUUAAGCAGACCAAUCCUCAGCCUAUCAGAAGCAAUCCUCAGCCUGUCAGAAGCAAGUACAGACUGUAUUCACCAAGUGCAUUAACAAGUGCAUACAGAUGUGUUAAAGAAGAUGGUUUGUCAGUGCUGAAGGCGUCUAGAAUGUACAGUGUACCUGAAAAUACACUGAGAGACAGGGUUCUAGGAAAAAUUGACCCAGAAACUGUUGUUAUGGGAAAAGUGCCCCUAUUUGAUCAGUAUGAAGAGUCAAAAAUAGCAAAUCAUUUUAAAGAAAUGGCUAGCUACGGAUACGGUUACACAAGACAAGAAUGUGUUGAUAUAGCUUCAGAUUAUGCUGUCCAGUUGGGAAAAAGGGAUAAGGACAAACGUCUGUCAAUAAAUUGGUUGAAAGGAUUUUUACAUAGAUGGCCAGAAAUGAAGGUUGUGAAACCACGUGGAUUAGAGUUUAUUCGGGCUAAAAUGACAAAGGAAAGCACAGUCAUGGAGUACUUUGAACAUUUAGAGAGGUGCAUUAGCAGACAUGACCUAGCAGAUAAACCACAUCUCAUCGUUAACAUUGAUGAAAAGGGACUAACUAUAGACCACAAACCCCCUAUGUUGUAGGAAGCUCAACAUCAACUGUGCAAGCUGUUACUUCUGGUAAAGGUCAAACAGUUACAAUGAUAGGCUGCGGAAGUGCUAGUGGUGUCUCAAUUCCACCUUUUUUCGUAUUCCCAGGAAAAAGAAUGAAUUCUGAUCUUUUGAAUGGGGCUUCACCCGGAGCUUCAGGGACUAUGUCGGAAAGUGGCUGGUCAAAUACUGAUGUGUUCAGGAAGUACUUGAAAGAUCACUUUAUGAAGUUUGCACCUGGUCGCCAAGGAGAGAAGAUCAUACUUUUACUAGAUGGUCAUCGUUCCCAUGUUGCAGUUGACCUUGCUGAGUGGGCUAAACAGAUGAAUAUCAUUAUCUUUGUGUUACCAGCCCAUACAAGUCACAUAUUGCAACCCCUUGAUGUGGCUUGCUAUGGGCCCUUUCAAAGGAUAUAUAAUAACCUUUGUCACAAGGUUAUGAGACAGACCUCAGCUGCUAUAACAAGGUACAAUAUUUGUGAAAUAGCCUGCAAAGCAUACUCCAAGGCCUUGUGUGCAGAGAACUUGCAUGCAGCUUUUCAGAGGACAGGUAUUUAUCCCAUAAAUAAGGAGGCCAUCCCAAAGGAGCAUAUGAUCCCAUCAGAGGUGUUUUGCAGUCAGACAGUGGCUAAUGAGGAUGGGAAUGACAGUGACGCCACAGUAGAAGGGGGUAUUACUACAAAUGCAGCAACACCUGAAGAUCUUUUUGAAAAGCAAACCCUCAAGCUCAAAAAUGUGAAGUCGAAAUUAAUUAAUAAACCACGAAAAACCAUGAGCAAGCUUGUUUCAGGAAAAGAGCUGACAAGUGAUGAAGUAUGUGAGGCCAUACAACAGCACAUAAAAGAUCAACAGAAACCUACCAAAAAACCUGCUAAAAAAACUGCCAAAAUGUCAAAAUUAGUGAAAAAGUCCCCAAUGAAGAAAUCAGUAUCACCCAAACCAGGUCCGUCACACAUUAACUUGCUUGCUAGUUCUGAGUCUAGUUGUGAUGAGGAUAUUGAAGAUGAAGAAAAAUGUUGUGUUUGUGGACUUUUUACACCAACAGCACUAGCUAAUGCAGUCUCCAUCACAUUCGCAAAGUGGGCUCAAUGUGAUGGCAUGGUGAAUGGAUAUCCAUGUAAUCACUGGACCCAUCUUAUUCACUGCACAAAUGUCAGAGUAAUAAGAAGAGGGGACACAUUCCUAUGCCCUCACUGUGAAGUCAUGGAAGAGUAAAACUAUGUUGUAGGCCAUAGUAACUGUUAAUAGUUAUUUGUUUGUUACUGUUGUGAAAUACUUUCUUAAAAAAAAAAAAAACACUAAAUACACGUUAACCUACUAAAUGAAUAAGUUUGGCCUUUUAAGUCACGUGAUUCAAGUACCAGGAUGCUACAGCCUCGUUUCCGCGAAUUUAUGGUUUGCAAGCGGCUGACAUUGUUUAUUUGACAGGACUGUUUUGAAUUAACUUUACUUCUUAAUUAAAUGGAACAGAAUUUAUUGGAAUGGUGUUUGUACAGUAUAAUAGACAUAUUUGAUAAGGUAUGUAAAUAUUUUCUUAUGACAACCUUUAUUUAUUGAGUUUACGCUAAAUAUAAAUAAACACCGCGAAUCAAUAGUCUCCGAGGAU